AUACCGCUGCGAGUAAAUAAAGUCAAAAUGAAUCAACAAUGCAAAGUAUGUGGUGAACCAGCAGCAGGAUUUCAUUUUGGAGCAUUUACAUGCGAAGGAUGCAAGUCCUUCUUCGGUCGAACGUACAACAAUUUGUCAUCGAUAUCGGAAUGCAAAAACAACGGAGAAUGUGUCAUCAACAAGAAAAACCGAACUGCAUGUAAGGCGUGCCGGUUGCGAAAGUGCCUAGUGGUCGGAAUGUCGAAAAGUGGCUCUCGUUACGGCCGGCGUUCGAACUGGUUCAAAAUCCAUUGUUUGCUACAAGAACAACAGCAACAACAACAAAAGACUUGCCACAACAAUAACAACAGUAACAACAACAAUAAUAAUAAUAAUGCUACCAUCAACAACACCAGCAACGAAAACAGUAGCAAUAGUACCAGUUCUCCGGGGUUGUCAAUCUCAAAUGGAUUUCUUCCGAGUAGUUUUUUUUCGAAUCUUUGCAACAACAACAACAACAACAAUAGCAGUGUGAACAAUAACAAUAAUAACAACAGUACACACAAAAACAAUAAUACGAUUAAAAAGGGCUUGAAGCGUGCAAGCACCCCUAGCGAUUCGGGUGCAUCAUCUGCCGACCUGGAUGAGGGUGGAGGAGGUGGUGGAUGUGGCGAUGGGAGCAGUUCGUAUAAGGAGCAACUUGUUGGCGGUGGAAUUGUGGAAAACGGAUUUAAAUCGCCGGACCAUGUGGAGGUUAACUUGUCUAAGCUACCGUCGAAAAUCUCCCGUACUCCACCUUCAUCAUCCCUCCAGUCACUUGCCGAGACGUAUCGUCCUGCUCUGCUGGAUCGCAUGUCACCAUAUCUACCUGCCGUAUCGUUUCGAACCGAUGGAUCUCCUUUCUUUCCAGUGGCUUUUUCGAUCCCACCCGUAUCGUUGGCCAUGCUUUCCUCCGGGCAUGCCGGGGUUCAGCUAUGUAAGCGGGACGAGCAGAGCGAACCUAUUGACCUGUCCAUGAAGUCUUCUAAGUCAUCAUCUAGAUCCUCGUCUGAAUCUCCCCGACGAAUACGCGAUAGUUCACCACUACUGCCUGAUCCCAGCGAACCGGACGACCAAUCCACAUCGACGGCAAUCGCUAUCAAGACAGUUCCUCUCGAUCUUUCAACGUUUGUGCGUAGCAAUAGUCUACCAGGGUGA